AGAGAGUGGGUCUAGCAAGUGGGGGAAGAGAGAAGUGAAAAGAAGAGAAGAGCGAAGGAGGAAGGAUAUAUCUGUGAGACAGCUACACUGUUUGGAAGGACACUCUUCUCGGUCCAACUAAGUGAAAGUUUGCUGAGAGAGCACCAUGAAGAGUUCCUCUCUCCCCUGGCUGCUGGUCACCCUGCUACUGACAGACUGUGCAGUGGGCCACAAGCUCUCUGGCCCUCCUCCACACAGCCAGAUGGCGCUCUCUCUUGCGCCCCCUCCAGGCCAAUCGCCUCAAGACACCCUCAGGACGCUCCUGUCUGACCUCUCGACCUCCGUGCAGGGCCGCGUGCGUUUCCACGGUGACGUGAGCUGCUCGUCCCUGCGCCGCUUGCCGCGCGGUGACACAGAUGACAGCCCUCUAACUCUGGAGCUGCUGGGCUUGGCCGAGCUGCCGCUGCUGCUGUCUGCCGGCUGCCACCAGGAGGCGCUCUCACUGACGCGCGGCCUCUACAAGGCGCUGGGACGCGACGACACACACGCGGCCAUCAGGCAGCUCACGCAUCUGCUGAGGAGCAGUGCCACCCUGGCAACAGCGGAGAACAACCACACCACCACACCAUCACCCGGCCACUCUCUUCACUCUCAAUCUGAAAAUGAGUCUGUAUCAUCUACCAGUGGCAACUCCGGUUCAUCGCCUGAAAAUGCCACUGGCCUUCAUAAUAGCGCAAUAGACUCCCAGGAUUUUGUCUCAAAUGUUGCCCAGUUCAGCAUCGUGCCCCAUGACGAGACACAAGCUGAAUGCCACAUGAGUGCACUGAUGUUCAAUAUCCAGCAGCUGGCUAGAGUGGGCAAAGGUGACAUGUUCUCCUCCUCUUCCUCCUCUUCCUCUUCCUCCUCUUCAUCUUCCUCCUCUUCCUCCUCUUCCUUCUCGGCUGACGGAGGCUCGGAGAGCUGCAGCGGGUGGCUUCACGUUCAGGGCGCUCAGCUCCUGGGCCAGAGAGUAGGGGGGAAGAGGGGCCAUCGGCUGCACAAGGCCCAACACCUGUGCCAGAGCCUGGGGCCCCAGUGCGUCGGCGUGGCCCAGGCAGGAGGACCCGAGUCUGGGCUUUACCAAGCCGUGCUCGGGGGCUCCAGCAGCCGGGUUCUCCCCGCUCCCACUGAUGCCCCCACUACAGACUGCUGGCUCAGGCAGUGCGUGUCCGUGUCCGAGUCAGGCGUGGGCGUGGGGCGGGUGAGACGUGAUGCGCCCCCUGGUGGCAGGAUGUCACGGCGCUACCAGUGUGUGAACCGGGAAGAGCAGCAGGUGUACGAAGUGGUGGAGUGGGUGCCCGCCGUCUCCACGCUCUACAACCUGGGCACGGCCGUCUACUACGCCGCCCGCAACUGCACCGACAAGGCACGCGAGAGGGCCAUCCUGAGCGCAGUGGACCUGGGCACGGAUGCCCUCAUGGCCAUCACCGGGGGCACGGUCGGGGUGGCGGGCUACGCCCUGGGUGCCGGGGUGAAGACGGGGGUCAAGGCGGGCGUGAAGUACAUGAUGAACAACAUGAAUCAGGAGGAAUACAGUCCCUAUGACGUGUUCGUCAACCAGGAGAGCUGGGAAGACGGGGUCAUGACAAUCCAGUGAUGAGCAGAUGCACGCUACAAUCUGACUCUCGCCAGAUGAAGUUUAGCAGAGAUGUAUAACGUAGAAAAACUGUUAUGGAUGCAAUUACAAGACAAAUUAUAUCAUAGGCCUGGUGUAGUAAUUACAACCACCACAGUACCUCUACUUUACAUCUUACAUAUCUGGAAUUUAGGUCCACCAAAUUCCACAUGGAACUUUGGAACCUACUGUUAGCAAGUGGGAGUCAGGUUAUUCAUGCUGUGGCUAUAUUUUUUCCCCUCUGUAUGUCUAUGAAUUUCUAAUUCACAAUGGAAAAAUGGAGAGUUAAUGCAUAAUGUAAAAUCAAAAACGUUGAUAAAUAAUCAUACUCUAAGUGUAAAUAACUGUAAAGUGUAUAAAUUGCUGACAUAAAUGUAUUAUCAUGUAAUAUCAUGUUUUCUAACCCACUGCAAUUUGUACUUUUUUGUGUGUAUACCUUGUGUGUGUUUGGUAUCUUGUAUUUCAUCCUGGUCCAUCCUGUGUAACAGCUGAUAGCAGUCGUGGCCUAUAGUGGUUGGGGAGUUGGUCUGUCAAUCUGGUGGUUGUAGGUUCAAAUCCCACCUCCCCUUUCCCUACUCCAUCCAUAGCGGAAGUGCCCUUAGCUCAAGGCACCUAAUCCCAUAAUGCUCCAGGGGACUGUAAGUUAACAUAUACCCUGUGAAAUGAUAUUUGUAAGCCACUUUGAACAAAAGCCUCAGAUAAGUGUAAUAUAAUGUAAUGUAAUCAUACAUUGUAAUGUAAUGCAGCCUAAAGUAGGUGUUGAUAAUUAUGUGCACGUGAUUCAUAUCUGCCAGAGUGCUGCAUCUCUAUCUCUACGGCUCUGAUGCCUACAACAGCAUGUUGACAAACAAAAGUGAUUUGUUUUCCCCUUUGACCUGAUACCGGAAAUCAAAAUGGCAAAAAAGUUAAAAUGUUGUGUCUGUUACUGAACACUUACAUUUUUGACCAUUAAAUAAAAUGGAAAUACAAUGGAA